CACGCUUGUCUGUACAAGUUGGCGCACAGUGUCCCAACUUUGUGGCAAGUAUUGGUAAAUUAAACCAGCAAGAGUUUUCCUUGCAGGAUGCUGCUGACUGUGCUAAGCUGGUUUUGUUCGUCGGUCCUGGUUUUCGUCAGCGGGGGGAAACUGCCUGAAGCUGAAGUACAAAUAGAGGUUUUGCAAAAGCCUUUCCUCUGUCAUCGCAAGUCGAAAUAUGGAGACAUUAUGUUGGUGCAUCAUGAGGGAUAUUUGCAGAAUGGCACACUGUUCCACUCGAGUCGGAUCCAUGGUGACAAGCAGCCCGUAUGGUUCACUCUGGGCAUCAGAGAAGUUAUCAAAGGUUGGGAUAAAGGCCUGCAGGACAUGUGUACAGGGGAGAAGAGACGACUCGUCGUACCUCCAGCCUUGGCCUAUGGGAAGGAGGGGAGAGGUAAGAUCCCGCCGGAGAGCACCUUGACUUUCAUGAUUGAGGUGAUGGAGAUCCGCAAUGGCCCCAGGUCACAUGAGUCUUUCCAGGAGAUGGACCUCAACGAUGACUGGAAGCUCUCCAAGCAAGAGGUGAAAGAAUACCUUAGAAAGGAGUUUGAGCGUCACGGCUACCCUCCCAAUGACACUCACCAUGAGAACAUGGUUGAGGAUAUAUUCACUAAAGAGGACGAGAACAAAGAUGGCUUCAUAUCCUCCAGAGAGUUUACAUACAAACAUGACGAACUUUGAACUGCUACCCUGUCCUAGGAUGAAUAAUUGUCGUUCCCCUGUUUUUCACCCCUCUGCUGUGGAAAUGCAUUAAGUGUUGGGUGUUAAUGUUUCAUUAAAUGUGUUAGUUUUUUUACAAACACUGUUUUUAUUUGCAACCUCCCUGUUUGCAGAUAUAUUGUGAGCGCUCGAAAGCCUUUUGGUUUAUUUAUUUGUAAGCAUUAUAUUUCAGUCGGGCAGCUUCAUUUUUUAGUCUGCCCACCACUAUGGGAGAUCAUAAAUAGUCAUUCAAACAGAUUCACUCCAUCCAAGACCCACUGUCAACUCAACUUUGAUUUUAAUUUUUGUAAACCUCUUCUAGCACAUCUUAGGAAAAUUAGACCCAACUCAUAUUACUUAAUCCUGUCUCCACUCAUUCCUGCAUCCCACGUAGUAGGGCUUAAUAUCUAGCCCAUGCAAGUAUCCUUAACUAGAUAAUGUACCUUCAUCUUUGGAAAACCAUCAUGGAUGUGCGGUCGCCUCACACCAAGAAGGUCCUGGGUUCGAGCCUCGGGGUAAUCCAACCUUGGGGGUCAUCCCGGGUCGUCCUCUGUGUGGAGUUUACAUGUUCUCUGCGUGGGUUUCCUCCGGGCGCUUAGUUUUCCUCCCACAGUCCAAAGACAUGUAGGUCAGGUGAAUUGGCCGUACUAAAUCGUCCCUAGGUGUGAAUGUGUGUGUGUGUGUUGGCCCUGUGACGGUCUGGUGGCCUGUCCAGGGUGUCUCCCCACCUGCCGCCCAAUGACUGCUGAGAUAGGCUACAGCAUCCCCACCACCCUGAGAGCAGGAUAAGCGGUUUGGAUAAUGGAUGGAUAUAUAUAUAUAUAUAUAUAUAUAUAUAUAUAUAUAUA